GUUAGUCUUGACUAGGGAGAUCCUUGUCGCCUCGAAUUGUCAUUUCUACACCUACACAACUUAUUAAUCCCUAUUCUUUCCUUGCUUUCGUAUUCGAAUGAUGCUAGGAGAUGGCCAUCUUUUCCCUUGAUUGAUAACUUGGAACUUGUACAUAUUUCGGAUCGUUCUUUUAAUAGCCUUUUUUCAAACAUGAACGGUCAUUUUUCGUCUGUCGGCGACAAGCCGACCAAAGCUCAAUAUGGGCACGGCAUUCAAGUUAUUGAUGAGGAUAAGGAGUUCAAUUCGAACAUCAAUUCUUACUUACAUGCAACCGACGUCGCUGAUGCUGGAUUCAACUACCACCUAAUAUCCGUCUUCGGUUCCCAGUCUACUGGCAAAUCUACGCUUCUCAACAAUCUUUUUGGUACCGAGUUCAAUGUAAUGUCCGAAAGUGAACGACGUCAAACCACGAAAGGAAUAUGGAUGUCAAAGAACAAAAAGGGGUCUAUGGCCGACAACAUUCUCGUUAUGGACGUAGAGGGUACCGAUGGCCGAGAAAGGGGUGAAGACCAGGAUUUCGAAAGAAAGAGUGCACUGUUCGCCCUAGCAACUAGUGAAGUGCUUAUCGUCAACAUCUGGGAGCACCAAGUCGGAUUAUACCAGGGAGCCAACAUGGGUCUAUUGAAAACUGUUUUCGAAGUCAAUCUCCAACUAUUCUUGAAGGAUAAACAAUCUACGCCCAGAUCCCUCCUGUUCUUCGUCAUCCGCGACCACAUCGGUCACACUCCCCUGUCGAAUCUUCGAAACACCCUAAUUCAAGAUCUCACUAAGAUCUGGUCCUCGAUCUCUAAGCCCACCGGUCAUGAGAAAUCGCGUAUAGAAGAUUACUUCGACUUUGCAUUCGCUGCGCUACCCCAUAAAAUCUUACAACCUGAUAAAUUCGAAAGCGAGGUCAAAAACUUGGGAGGCAGGUUCGUCGCUGGGAACCGGAACUCUAAGACUCAGUUAGAACAUGGCGAACAGGAGCUCGCGGGAGGCGUCUUUUUGCCCGAAUACCACCGAAGGAUUCCCGCCGACGGUUUCUCUCAUUACGCAGAGGGUAUCUGGGACCAGAUCGUGAACAACAAGGAUCUUGAUUUGCCAACGCAGCAGGAACUUCUAGCUCAGUUCCGAUGUGACGAGAUCUCACGAGAAGUUUUAAUAACCUUCGACGAAGCAAUCAGCCCGUUAGAGGAGCAGCAAGCAGAUGCGACCCGUAGCGGUAAACCAAUUGUCCUGCCGAAUCUCGGUAGCACGGGUAGUGCAACUAGAGAAAAAUGCGUCAAGUCCUUUGAAGUACAAGCCAGUCGAUACCAUAAGAAGGUUUACUCUCUCAAACGAACCGACUUGGAGACCAAGAUCGACCAGCGUCUCAAAGCACUGUAUCAGGGCCAGCUAUCCUCUCUUCAUAAAACUGGUGUGACUACGUUCAGCGAUGAUGUAUCCAGCGCCGUGAAAGCGGGUCAGAAGUCCGGCGGCGCCUACGAAUUUGCUGAAAUUGUGGAAACGGCGAAGGUCAAAUCUCUAGAGAUAUUCAGGAAGGAGGCGCAGGGUCUAGCAAUUCCAGACGUGCCAUGGACCAACUUUAAACCUCAAUAUGUCCUCUUUGAGAAGGAGCUCGAUCAGGUCAGCUCUCGCUUGCGAAAGGAAGAGAUGCGAAGACUGGCGACUCGAGUCGAACGUUGGGUCAAAUCUCGUCUAGGAGACUCCGUCGGACUCGAGUUCAACAAGCUAGGAUCGGGGCGGGGAGGAUCCGGAGCUCCCGAGACCGGCGAAAAGCCAGCUACCGAGAAAGAUCUCUGGGAUCGUAUCUGGAACCUCUUUACAUCUAUCGUCAAGGAUGCCGAGAGUCGGUUCGCAGAAAGAGCCAAGAGUUUUGAAGCAAGCGAGGAAGAGGUCCAGGUCGGAUUAUGGCGUCUUCGAAGGAAGAGCUGGGUAGCACUCCGAGAGAAAAUUGAGGAAGAAGUGAUGGAGGGCAACAUCCUCCUAAAGCUUCGAGAGAACUUCGAGGAUAAGUUCCGCUACGACGAAGCGGGUGUUCCUCGAAUAUGGCGACCUGCUGAUGAUAUCGAGGGCAUCUACACGCGCGCUCGAGAAUCAACGCUAACUCUCAUUCCGCUCCUUUCCAAGUUUAAACUUCUUACAACUUCCUCUCCACCAGACCUAGAGGAGUUUAUUGGCCAUCAACCUCCUGGUGUGGAGCCGGAGGAUGAGGACGAUCUUGCACCGAUUGGUGGUAUUGACGAAGAAGAUGGAAAGAGCUUCGAAGAAGAAGUGACCGUUCUGAGCGAAGCCAAACGUCAAGAUCUAGUAGUCCGAUUCAAGAAGACUGCCGACGGCGUAUAUUUGGAGGCCAAACGAAGUGCCAUUGGUGGAAUUACACAAGUCCCUUUGUAUUUCUACGGAUUACUAUUGGUGUUGGGGUGGAACGAGAUUCUAGCUGUCUUACGCAACCCUAUUUUGUUCAUGUUGCUCAUCGUUAUGGCUGGCGGUCUCUAUAUAUCAUAUAGCCUCAACCUCCUAGGCCCCAUGAUGCAGAUGAGCAGUGCGGCGUGGAACCAAGCAAUCGACAUCGGCAAGGAGCGCCUCCGCGACUUCCUCGCGAAUAACGAUACCGCUAGGCAAGCUAUCGGAAUGCGAGGUCGGGACAGCGACUCGAUCAGCAUGGACACCCUAGACAGCAGGGGCAAGAAGCAGUCGCGAGCAGCCUCAGCCGAUGAGGACGAUCUUUAGUAGAAUUGCGUGUCAUUCAUAAAAACAAUAGGGGGGUAGGAUAUAGUAGUAAAAGGCACUUCCCAUCGGAUAAUUCCCUAAUCAAU